UCCUUAUCCCCACCAUAACGGCGACAAUUACUCUAAACAUAAUUUUUCAUCAGUAUGUGCUGUAAGACAGAUAGUGAUGUUGCUUCGAAUAGGUUUUCUUGUAGCACUAAUAUCUCCUGCAAUAUUACCAGCUACAGGUUUACGUAGAGGAGCGUCGUGUUUGACUCCAAAUGGCGAAAGUGCAAAAUGUGUUGCCGUGAACUCGUGCGAAGUUAUUCUAAAUGCACUUUUGUCCCGUAAUGAAAGUGUUACAGCGUUUGCUCAAGAAUCUCAGUGCGGCUAUGACACGGAAGCGUUAGUGUGCUGUGGAACGGUUCCUUUUAAAAGCCCAAGAGGUUCACAGUGUUACACUCCCAAUCAGGAAAAUGGACAAUGUAUACCCGUAUCUGCCUGUCUCGUUAUUGAUAAAGCAGUUAAAGCCAAAGACAGAAUCGCUGUUGACUUUGCAAGGGAGUCUCAAUGUGGAUACGAUCUUGAGCCUUUGGUAUGCUGCGGCACUAUUGCUCGUCCUCUAAAAGAGCGACUCACAUCGCACCGUUUGUUACCGUCCACACAACAGUGCGGUUUUGAGAAAGCCAAAAAUCGAGUGUAUGGCGGGCAUCUCACGGAUAAGGACGAAUUGCCUUGGAUGACGCUGUUGCGGUAUAAAAAUACUGAUACCUCCGAUGCCGGUUUUAAAUGUGGCGGUACCCUUAUCAGCAACCGAUACGUGCUUACUGCAGCACAUUGCGUUAUCGUCAAUAUCUAUGAAGGAUAUCAAGUGGAUUCAGUUCGAUUAGGUGAAUGGAGAAUUUCAACUGAACAGGACUGCGAAAAUUUGGCAAAUCCAGAAUGUGCAGAUCCUGUUGUGGAUGUCAAAAUCGAGGAAACGAUACCGCACAAAGACUACAAUAGGAGAACUGGAAAAAGUGAUAUUGCUUUGAUACGAUUAGCAAGGAGUGUUCCAUUUACAGAGUAUAUUCGACCGAUCUGUAUACCACAUCCAAACCUACCAGAACCUCGAGAUAACACAGAGCUGUUGGUUGCUGGUUGGGGUGCUACGGAGAACAGUUCCAGUUCAGAUUAUAAGCUAAAAGCCAAAGUUCCUAUAGUGUCUCGAGAAGCAUGCUCGAUGAAAAUUCGGCAACGCGGACCAAUUACGGAUGUUCAGAUCUGUGCUGGUGGGUCUGAUGGAAAAGAUACUUGCCAAGGAGAUUCAGGUGGACCUCUUUUGGGACAGUUCCCAGAAGUAAUAAAUGAUAGGCAACAAUUUUACCAAGAGGGGGUUGUUGCAUGGGGAGUAGGUUGUGGUGUACAAGGAUUUCCCGCUGUAUACACGAGAGUGGCUAAGUACGCGACGUGGAUAACUGACAAUCUUCGAACUUAGAUCGAUCAUUAUACAAGCACUUCUUAGAUAUGCGCAAUUUUAUAAGAAAACCUGUAAGUUAUUGCCUAAUACAAAUUUGUAGAAUUUAA